AUGAGCCAGGUCAUCUUGCAACUGUUCCGUCACACGAUUAAGCUCCCGAACAUCAAGCUGAUCCGAGCCUCGAGCCGGAUCAGGUUUUCUCGCCGCCAGCACAUCCUUUUGGUGGACUCUGGCGGUGGUCAACGCUUUCUAGUGGAGCGUAUUUUGAACCACCGCGAUGUGAAUGGCGUCCGGACGAGUUACAUCGUCUACUGGCGUGGCUAUCCAUCGGCGUGGGACAGCUGGGAGCAUCGUUCCCGGAUGAUUGUUGAUGUCCUGGGUCUCGUCGAGCAGUAUGACGAGACCCACCAGCUGCGUUUGAAGAAGUGCCGUCGGAAAACGACCUCCCCGAACGUGAGUACACGGAUUGCAAAGUGUCAAUCCUUUAGGCCAUCUCAGAAGAGAUGCGCGCCCUCCAUUAGGGAACAUUAG